AUGGCUCCAACCCUCCCCCCAAUGCCGCUGCCAGGCCUCGUCAUGGUGCCCAACUGGACAGCCCAGAAACACGAAGCCUUCGUCAUGAAGACCGAAGGCGUGCCCACGAAGAAAGCCCAAAGCCUUGUCAGCUACUGUACGUCUGAUGAAAAAGCCGGAGAACCGUUCCUGAAGAUAUUGGAGGAGGAAAGGAACAUUGUCAAGUUCAUGACGAUGGAUGGACAGGAGGCUAUGCGGAUCAACGUCCAUAGACACACACUCGCAAGGCCGAGUGCAGAGUACAAGGCAGUGAGGAGCGCGGAUGCGAAGCCGUUGUGGGAUCUGGAGUUGAAGGCUGGGUGGAGGGUGCCUAGCUACAAUAUCACCGUCCAUGACAAAUACGUCGAGAACCAGAAAAUCGAGUUCGAACGCAAAGUUGCCGGUGAGGAGAAGGGUCUCGUUGUCAAUGGCAAUCCGGUCAUGACCAUCUCUCGACACGCGAAGUGGGCGCAUAUGCAUGCCACCUUCGUUGUGCAUGUCGCGCCUGGAAUGGAUCUCCUGUUCGCACUUGGUGUCGCGUGGAUCCGGUCGGAUAAACAGAGGCAGGAGGAUGCCGUCAAUACUACGCUUUUGAUAGUGUAG